AGUCAUCCAGCUUUUGAUGGUUGAAGGGAAGGUGGAUCGGAGAGCCAAUCAGAGCCCAUGUAUUUCGGCAAAGCUAAGUGCUUCCCGGAACAUCGCGAAUUUCGUCAAGACUCCCAACACCAUCCGAUUCAACCCACUCCCCCCGAACGAUCAUCGCCCCGUCGACCGCAAAGAAGCACCACUUGUCACUACACGAGACGUGCGAACUUGACAGACGAUAUUCACAAUGGCCGCCGCUCGCCCCUUCUACACCGCUAUCUUCAAGAACAACUUCUCCAUGCUUGGCUUUGUCUUUGCGACGGGCUUUGCUUUCGAGAUGGGCUUUAACGGCGCGAUGAACAAGUACUGGGACUACCUGAACCGCGGCCGCCAAUGGAAGGACAUCCGCCACAAGUACGUCGAGGCUGCCGAUGACGACGAGGAAUAGACGACGAAAUCUACGACUUUGUGGGCCAGGAGAGCGAAAUAGAGGGAACGAGGGGCCUUUCUCCUUUUCAGAGCUUUGGCUUGGUGGAGGAGGAUGGGGAGUCCCUUAGGCGGGCGUGUAUUUUGUACCGAUAGACGGAAGGGCGUGUAGAACAUCAAGCUACCUUUCUGCAUAUUACUUACAUUUGAGGUUCCCCUUUUUGCUUUUCGUGAGAGAUUACGUGGUGCAAAUCCUGUAGCGAGUUGCAGGCUGUCUUUGCUGGUAAUUGCUGAGAGGUUCUAUAUCGCCAUUGAGGUUCACAGUGGUUUAUGUAGCUACGAAGCUGCCUUUCCGGUAAGGGCCUCACCUAGCGUGUCCUGAUAUCACGAUCCACGAAUCACGCAUAGGUACUGCAAGGGGAG